GCCAUUGCAAGGCAGCGUUUGCAAGGAGAAGACUCCGCGAGAAGUGGACUGCACCUGUUCAGUUCCGGCCUUGCCUUGCUUUUAAAAUUGGGCUUCAAUAGGUGUGUUCGGAGGCUCUCCAUACAAUCGUACUUUGCUGCUCAUCUUGUCACGUUCGGCAGUGAGCGCAUCCCUGUUGCAAGGCUAUGUGACUCCCUGGUCUUCCAGCGUACCCCACGCUCUUGAGAAAGCAUUGACCAGUGCCGGUGGCAGGCAGCGGCCUAGCCGGCGCGUUUGGUCCCGGUGGCUACCGCUAUGGCAAGUGCGACGAAGCUGGCCACCUCAUUCCAAACAGUGCCCAACGGCUGGGCGGAGCCGCGAAGCGCGUCGUGCUACCCUUCCGAUGUCUAUGUGGCAGGGUUACCGGCUGCGCGUGCCCCUUGUUGCCCCUCAGUAGCCCGGCGCCACUCGAGCCUAGCUGCCAGCACCUCUGGGAGGGGGCCAGCAUUGGCCAGUGACUUCGUCUCAUGGAAAGCGGAGGGACCUGGGCAGUGGGCCCCGCCGCUGGGAGGGCUAGGGACGGGGGACAGGAAGAGGCGCUCCGGGGUCCACGCAGCAUUUGACCUGCCGUCCAGCCCGCGCAGAGGGAAUGGGGGGACAGCAGCGGGGGAGGCGGAGAAGAUGCGAAGGAGAUCGGGGCCAGCCCCUUUACGGGCCAUGCGACAGAUCAGAGACCCCGUGCCGUCACCGGUAGAGCGACAAGCGCGGUCACCCCCUGCCGGAGCGGGGCGGGUGCAGCUAGAGCAGGUGGCUAAUGGACGAGCCACCACACGCACACCAGCAGCAGUGGCAACGAGGUUUCCGCUGCCAGGGAUUGGGGGGAGUCCGAGGGUGGUAGCGAUGGAGGUGCAGAGCACGCCAGAGCUGCAGCAGCUGGAGAUGGAGAGCGGGCUGUGCGUGGCGUUCAAGAAGUACACGCCAGAGUCGGUGCGCUCUCGUGCUCUGGAGAGCCCUGGCUCGGUGUUUGCUAUCGCGGCUCGGUGUGCAGAGAUUGUGUUCUCCCUGGGCACGUACUGGGCGAGCCUGUCGUGGGACUGCCUGCUGGGGAAAAGCGAGCAGCAGGUGCCGUAUCGUGCGCAGCAGCUGCGGCGGCUGCUGUGCACGCUGGGGCCGUCAUUCAUCAAGGCGGGGCAGGUGCUGGCCAACCGGCCCGACAUUGUGCGCGAGGACUACAUGAACGAGCUCUGCAUCCUGCAGGACAACGUGCCAGCCUUCCCCGACAAGGAGGCCUUUGACAUGAUUGAGCGCGAGAUUGGGCGGCCUCUGGAGCAGGUGUUCAGCAGCAUCUCUUCGUCCCCGGUGGCAGCUGCCAGCCUGGGCCAGGUGUACAAGGCCACGCUGGCCGCCACUGGCGAGGAAGUCGCCAUCAAGGUGCAGCGGCCGGGCAUUGAGCCCAUCAUUUACCGGGACCUGUUUCUGUUCCGCCUGCUGGCCAGCACGGUCAACGGCAUCAGCCUUAAGAAGCUGGGCUGCAAUGCGCAACUCAUCGUGGACGAGUUCGGGGAGAAGCUGCUUGAGGAGCUGGACUACACGUUGGAGGCGCGGAACAUCGAGGACUUCUACGCGAACUUUCAGGACGAUCCCACUGUCAAGAUUCCUGCCGUCUACCGCGCCUUCAGUGGCAAGGAGGUCCUGGUCAUGGAGUGGAUUGACGGCAUCCGCUGCACCGACCCCCAGGGCAUUCAAGCGGCAGGCAUCGACGUGGAGUCGUUCAUCACGGUGGGCGUGAGCGCGGCGCUGCGGCAGCUGCUCGAGUUUGGACUGUUCCACGGGGACCCCCACCCUGGUAACAUCUUUGCGAUGCGCGACGGCAGGAUCGCCUAUGUCGACUUUGGCAACGUGGCAGAGCUGAGCCAGUACAAUAAGCAGAUUUUGAUUGACGCCAUCGUCCACGCGGUGAACGAGGACUACGUGGAGAUGGCGGGCGACUUUUGCCGCCUCGGCUUCCUGGCCCCCGGCACGGACAUCACGCCCAUCGUGCCCGCGCUGGAGGCCAUCUGGCAGAACAGUACCGGCAAGGGCCUCGCCGACUUCAACUUCCGCACCGUCACAGGCAAGUUCAACGAGCUGGUGUACCAGUACCCGAUCCGCAUCCCGGAGCGCUUCUCGCUGGUCAUCCGCAGCCUGCUCACGCAGGAGGGCAUCUGCCUGACGCUGCAGCCCGACUUCAAGUUCCUGGAGGUGGCCUACCCCUACGUCGCCAAGCGCCUCCUGACCGACCCCGACCCCGCGCUGCGCGAGCGCCUCAUUCAGGUGCUCUUCCGCGACGGCGUCUUCCAGUGGAAGCGGCUCGAGAACCUCAUCCUGCUCGCCAAGGAGGGCGCGCAAAUGACCGCCAAGGUCGGCACCGCCACCCCCGAGCCGCAGCCGACGACCUCCACCGGCCGGGCCAUCGCCGCUAAGCGCAAGGGCCUGGACCUGAGCGACACGGUGAAGGACGGCGCGCGUCUCGUGUUCGUGGACCCGGGCCUGCGGAGGCAGCUGCUGAUGGCGUUCACGGAGGACAGCCGGCUGCACGUGCGCGAGGUGGCGGACCUGUACCGCCUGGUGCAGGCCGAGCUGCAGCCGCGCGACAUGGUGCAGAGCCUUGUGCAAGAUAUCCCUACCAUAACGAGGGAUCUCAUUCUUUCUUGGAGCGAUUCCAUCCUUUCAGAACGAUGAGGAUGUCUAAGAAGGUAGAAAAGUCAGCUCAUAGGCGUAGUUUAGUGCUUGCAGGACGUAACCAAGAUACGGAAUCUUAGAAACAUUGUUGAGCAGCGUAGCCUAUGUUGAGCUGAGGCUGCUAUGGCCUGGUUCGCAUGGAAGUUGCUCGUUGUUUGGGAGGGGUUGGACGUCCUGCUUUUCCUACAUUUUCUGGGAGAAAUUGGGGCUUGUUUGGUUUGUGGAAUUUGCUUCAAAGCUAGAGGGGAGCCGCCCCUUUUGAUUGGCCUCACCUUUUGUCUUCGACCUGCAACAAGAGCAGCUAAGACGACAGAGUGACUCCAUUUCUACUUGAACGUCUGUAAGAGUGAAGAUAAAAUACUCUCGAUAGCAAGUUUUCCCAUCUCAGUAGGGUGUGUGAAUUAGGGAACUAUGCAAAAGUACCAGCGUAACACUACAUUUGCCACCAUUUCCACCAUGCUUGC